AUGUCGGCGGCGCUGCGGCGGGCGCUGGGCGCAGCUGGGCCCGGCCCGGCCCCGACCCCGGCGCUGGUGCUGGGCCCGGCCGGCUCGGGCCGCUCGGCGCUGCUGUUCCGGGCGGCGCUGGGCGGGCCCCGCGCGCUCUUCCUGGCGCCCCGCGCCCUGCAGCGGCUGCCGGGGGCCCGGCGCGGGGAGAGCGACCCGCGCGGCCUGCAGCGCAUCCAGUUCCUCUACCCGCCCUCGCUGCGGGAGCUGCUGCGCCUCUUGGCCUCGCUGCCCCAGAGCCUGCCUGGGCCCCCUGCCCUCCUCCUGCUGGACGGGCUGGAGCAGUACCUCGCUGGCUGCCCUGGCCCCCAGGCGGCCGCCCGGCUCUCAGCCCUGCUGGUGGACACGGCUGCGUACUUCACGGGGCGCCUCGGCGCGGACCCCCAAGGAUCUGCCCCCUGCUGCCAGCUCGUCGCCUCCAUGCAGGUCUCCGGGGAAACAGCGGCUGAGGAUCAUCUCGGCGUCCUCCAGCGCUACUUCCCAGCCCAGUGCUGGCUGUGCCCAGCCCCGGCGGCAGCCUCGGGCCAGGAGGACUGCGGGGGCGACCGCGUGUUCAGGGCGCGCCUGUCCCAGCCCGGUGCCGCAGACCAGGAAUGGAAGCUGGGAUUCAGCCUCGAUGGAGAGAUGAGGGUGUCCCCAGUUCCGUGGGGCCGUGCAGAGGAUCCAGGGGCGGCAGACACAGACACAGACAGAGCUGCCGCGGCUGGCAAAUGACCCCUGGGGCUCUGGGGAUGUAAAUUUGUCUGUGGGUUUCUGGCCUGGCCGUUGGCUGAACCUUGGGCGAUUUAGGGGGGAAUCCGUCUCUGUACGUCCCCUCCUUGCCCUGCUUGGUUUGCCACCCCCAGUGAAUAGAAAUGAAGGAAAAUUCAACAGUUCAAAUCUAUUUAUUCCAGUACCGCCGAAGGAACAGCCGAGAUCGCGCCAGGUGCUGCACGGACACAGAGCAAUACGCACUCUCUACCCCUGAAUCUAAUUUAUUUUCCACGGUUUCAGCUCUCUGGGGAGGUGGGAUGACCUGACCGGUUAGCUGCGCCCAGCUCUGAGGGGGAGUCUAUCUGUUCCAGUGCGUAGGAUGCAGGGCUCGGAGCAGAGGAGAUUGGGCUUCUGUUCCUGGCUCUGCCACUCAUUACCUGCUCUCUGACCUCAAGAAAGUCACUUUCCCCAUUAGACCUCACUCCCCAUCUAGAGCCAGUAAUAGAAUCUGAUUCCAGCCCCUCCCAGAUCUGGGAGUAGAACCCAGGAGUCCUGGCUCCCAGACCCCCCCCCCCCAUUCUAACCCACUAGACCCCACUCCCCUCCCACAGCCAUGAGUGUCCC